UGCGAAGUGGAAUGUCCGUUUACAUUGACACUGCAAGAAAUAGACUCUGUCCCUGUGACUGCAGUUGACAGUCAGUUGCCAAUGUACACGUGCGGGAGACAGCAUAAAGUUCUGCUACAUGGAAAUGUCAUCUUCCGAGGUUUUAUGGUCCAGCCCCGCUUAUCAACGGACGUGUUUGACCCAAAUGCCCCUUUCGUUGGAGCUUUCGUCACAACAAAC